ACACCAAAGACCAGGCAUUCUAGAGAUACAGUUCUCAAGAGAACCAAAAGAAGAUGGGGCCCUAUUCCAUCUGUCAUGAUAGAGAACUCACUGGGACCUUUCCCACUGCAAAUACAGCAGGUCCAGUCAGACACAGCUCAGAACUACACAAUUUAUUAUUCUGCAAGUGGACCAGGAAUUGAUCAAGAUCCAAAGGGUUUGUUUUACAUAGAAAGAGAAACUGGAAAUAUCUUUGCUACUCGUGCGGUAGACCGUGAACAGUAUCCAAGUUUUCAGAUCAUUUGCUUUGCAACCACCCCAGAUGGUUAUUCACCAGAAGUACCACUUGUGCAUACAAUCAGGAUAGAGGAUGACAAUGAUAAUGCUCCAUAUUUUACACAAGACCUUUUUGAAUUUUGUGUGCCUGAAAAUUCCAGACCUGGUGUUGUUGUUGGAAAAGUGAUUGCAGAGGACAGAGAUGAGCCUUAUACUCUCCAUACCACACUGAAAUACCGCAUUGUGUCUCAAACCCCACCAAUUACCCCAGCAUUUUCUUUACAUGGUGACACCGGUGUCAUCUCUGUAUUACUGCCACAGCUGGACAGAGAGCUUGUACCCAGUUACACUUUGUUAGUUGAAGUGAGAGAUAUGGCAGGUCAGCCUUUUGGUUUGUGCACUACAGGAACAGUUGUCGUCAAAAUUGAAGAUACAAAUGACAAUGCACCAUCCUUUAAACAGUUACAAUAUGAAACACGAGUGGAAGAAAACAGAGUGAGUGUAGAAAUACUGAGAGUCUCUGUUGUUGAUCUUGAUGAACCUGGUUCACCUGGCUCAGGAGCAGUAUAUGAAAUUAUACGAGGAAAUGAUGAUCAGGCCUUUGAAAUUACAACCGACAAAAACACAAACGAAGGAAUACUAUGUGUUGUUAAGGGACUGGACUAUGAAACUGCCAAGCAAAGGAUCCUGGUGAUUGGAGUGAACAAUGAGGCACCCUAUGUGCUGGCUCCCCAUUCACAACAACUUUCCCAGAGUACCUGCUCUGUUACUGUGCAUGUGAUGGAUGUGGAUGAGGGACCGGUGUUUAAACCCUGUCUGCUGCGCUUAGAUGUUAAAGAAUGCGAAGAUAUUGGAACGGCUAUUGGGAGAUACGUAGCAGAAGAUCCAGAAACUGGAAAUAGUGAGGGCAUAAGAUACCGGAUACCACCUGGCCAGUGUAAUUGGAUCAACAUAGAUGACAAAUCAGGUGAAGUCAGAACUGUUAGGGUCUUGGACCGAGACAUAGCCGAAAUGAGACGAGGUCAAUGCAAUGUCACAGUCCUUGCAAUAGACAGAAAUGGUAAAACGGGCACUGGAACAAUCCAGGUUUGCAUUGUGCCUGGCAACAAGAAUUUCCCACGAAUCACUCAAACAGACUAUAUCAUGUGCAGAGACAGAAAACCAAUCUGCCUCACGGCACAGGAUGGCGAUGAGGCUCCUUACAGCGCGCCCUUCGUGUAUCGCAUCACGGACCGGAACCUGGCUUCCAUGUGGAAGCUAACUCCACAUGAUGAUAAUUCUUGGUAUCUUUCACCAAAGAGUGAUAUUCCAUAUGGAAUUUAUGAAAUUCCUGUAAGUGUGAUUGAUAAUGGAGGAAAGAUAGGAGAGAACACUGUAAGAGUUAACCUCUGUGACUGUGUUACUCCAAGUGAAUGUGACGGCAGAACUCGUCAGCUUUCUGGAGGAAAUGUUACCCUUGGUCUCUGGGCCAUCCUUGCAAUGAUCUUAGGAUCAUUAUUAUUGCUGCUAAUCCUGAUCACAAUUUGUGGCUGCUGCGGUGCUGGGGUAAUGCACAGGCAGGUGACUGAUGAUUGUGCCAAUCACAAUUUAAUCAUUUCAAACACAGAAGCUCCAGGAGAAGAAGUGAUGGAUCACAAUAUAAUUCCUCUGCAAAAUACAUGUGAUCAGGGAGGUUAUGGAGUAAAAACAGGAGAGCAGCAAACAUUUGAAAUGGUAAAAGGAAGAGGGCAUACCUUGGAGUCAGUCAAGGGAGGUGGACAUCAGACUCUGGGAUCAGUUAAAGAAGGAGGAGGACAGCCUAUGAUGGAUACUUGUAGAUACUCCUACUCAGAGUGGCAUAAUUUCACACAUCCUCGUUUAGGCGAAAAGGUGCACCUAUGCAGACAGGAUGAAGAACAGAAGCAUUCUGAAGAUUAUCUCCUUUCAUAUAACUAUGAAGGAAAAGGAUCCUUGGCUGGCUCUGUAGGCUGCUGCAGUGAUCAGCAUGAAGAAGAGGCACUUGACUUCUUAGAUCAGUUGGAACCCAAGUUUAGGACAUUAGCAGAAACAUGCAUCAAAAGAUAAAUGUGCCUUUCACAGUGCUGAAAAAAGACCUGUAAAUAAGUGGCUGUUAUAGUUUUGUGAUAUAGGGUACUUUGGAAUCGAAGGGGGUAGAGGUUUUUCAAAAUUAAGACAGACUGGUAAGAGUGUAAAUAACUCUUGCUUUAAAUUUACAUUUUCUUACACUGGGCACAUUCUAUCAGA